AUGUCUCCAAUGGCGACCGAUGAGCCCGAAGGACGGUACGAGGACUACCGCAGCAUCUACACGCCCGGGAUUGGAUUCGACGCACCUCAACCCACGAUCCCAUGUGGCUCUGCGAUAUUGGACCCGGAGCACGGGGUGACCGAGGACACGAUCUCACCCAUCUUCAAACCGUUGACGAUUCGGGGAGUGACGUUUCAGAACCGUAUCUUCCUGGCGCCCAUGUGCAUGUACAGUUGCAAGGAUGGCAAACUGUCCGACUUCCAUGUGGCUCAUUAUGGCCAGUACGCUAUCCGGGGGGUGCCUUUGAUUACGAUUGAGGCCACGGCCGUGGUUCCACAGGGCCUCAAUACACCUCAGGACAAUGGGCUAUGGUCAGAUGAACAGAUUCCAUACCUAAAACGAGUGGUGGACGUAGUUCACUCGCAAUCCCAAAAGAUCGGCAUCCAGUUACAACAUGCCGGGCGGAAAUCAAACGUGUGUCCUCCCUGGCUAGGCUUAAAAGCUGUGCCCGACAAAUUCGGAGGCAUGAUGGACAAGGUGCAGGGCCCGAGUCCGGAGCCGUGGAACGACAAUUAUUGCACACCGAAAGAAAUGACUGAGGCCGAUAUUUGGGAGGUCAUUGAGGCUUUUGGCGCGGCCGCCGCUAGGGCCGUCAAGGCUGGUGUUGAUGUUGUUGCUGUGCAUGGUGCUCAUGGAUAUCUGAUUCAUUCUUUUGCCAGUCCUGCUUCAAAUUACCGGACGGACCAGUGGGGAGGCAGUUUCGAGAACCGCAUCCGGUUCGGAGUUGAGGUCGUCCGCGCGAUCCGCCGCAACAUUCCUGCCUCGACCUUGUUGUUCUGGAAACUCUCGGCCGUCGACUGGCUUCCGCCCGGAGAGGGCUGGGAAUUGGAGGAUACGGUCCGGUAUGCAUCUAUCCUUCGCGACGAGGGGGUCGAUUUCCUCGAUGUCUCCAGCGGUGGCACAGACCGCAACCAGAAAGUCCAGAUCUCUCCGGGCUAUCAGGUUCGGUUCGCAGAGGCGGUCAAGAAAGCCACGCCGGGACUCACUGUCGGUGCGGUGGGAUGGAUUCGAGACGGCAAGAUGGUGGAAGAUAUCAUUCGCUCCGGCAAAGCCGACGCCGUGUCAAUCGCACGCGAGUUUCUGCGAGAUCCAAACUUUGUGCAUCGUGUGGCCAACGAAGUCGGCACCAGGAUUGCUUGGAUCGACCAAUAUCAUCGUGCUCCGCUCUAUGGCCGCAAUGUGGAGAGUACGACCAACAUUUCCACUGAUGCAAAGGCCGAUGAAAAGGUGACCUUGUCGGAUGAAAAGCAACGGCAGAACAAGACAAUCGUAGCUUGA